AUGGAGAUCUGGAACAGUUCCACAUACAGCGUCCUCUCCACUAUGCCCUCGGACUCAGAAAGCAGCAGCUCCCUCAGUAGUGUUGGUUCGCCCGUUAACGGUGAAGCCUCCUCCCCCCCGCCGGCUAUCAACGACAACCGGCCUUCCGGCGACAACCUGGACACCAUCUUGUUCCAGCUCCGUCAGGUGACCAGGGAGAGGGAUGAGCUCCGUAAGCGUCUGGCGUUGGCAUCGCCGGGGACCACCUUCGACGACUGCAGGCCAAAUUCCAAACCCAGCCACGACUAUGAGCGUCUGAAAAGUCAGUGCAUGAGGGCCAUGGCAGAUCUGCAGUCUCUCCAGAACCAGCACACCAAAACACUCAAGAGGUGCGAGGAGGCUGUAAAAGAGGCUGACUUCUACCACAUGCUGCACAGUCGCGUCCUCGGUGAACAGACUCAGUUGAAAGAGGAGAUGGAGACACUCAGGAGGGACAACGCCCAACUUGUUCGAGAGCACAACCACCUAAAACAGAACUGUGAGGAGCUCCAACGACUGCACAGCCAAGACCAGAAAGAGUUAGCAGACCUGCGGCUGCAGCAACAACAGGUCAUGAGAGAGAAGGGCUCAUCAGAGGUGUUGAACAAACUCUACGACACGGCUAUGGACAAGCUGGAGGGCGUAAAGAAGGAGUACGAUGCCCUGAGCAAGCGCCACAGUGAGAAGGUGGCUAACCACAACACAGACCUGAGCCGCCUGGAGCAGGCCGAGGAGGAGAACCGGAGGCUGCAGAAGCAGAUGGACGCUUUGCUCAAACAGCGAGACUCGGCCAUGCACUACCAGCAGCAGUACUCCACCUCGAUGAGGAGGUAA